AUUGCGUCAUUCAUUAUCACACGAGAUGGAAACAUAACAUCUAAACGUAAAUGUUUCAUUGAUAUUCCAUUCAUAGUCACGAAAGUGUAAUAAUUAUUAUCUUCAUACAAUAAACGAAACAUUAGUCGUUUCACAAAGUUUAACAUUUUUUUUUUUUAUUGACAAAUUAAACUUCUCUUUUCUAAGUAAUAAGGUGUCCAAUUAAUAUAGUCCAUAGUGGGUUUAAGUUUAGUUUCAACUUCGCAAGAUGUCGUUAAAAAAAGUUCUUAUUGUGAACAAAUCUUAUCCUGUAGUGGGAUUAGACAUUUUAAGGCUAAAGGUCGAAACAAAACAUUCUGCAAUAUCUAGAUUAUGAACCAGAAAGUCUUCCUGAAAUAAAAAAGAAUAUCGAAGGAUGUGAUGCUUUAAUAUGGAACACUAAGCAUCAACUUACACCCGAAAUACUAGACUUGGCAGGCCCCCAGCUAAAAGCCGUAUCGUCUAUGUCUUCUGGUCUGGACCAUAUCAGGGUAGAGGAGCUCAAAAAACGCGGUAUUGCUCUCGGUAAUUGCCCUCACGUUCUCGAUAAUGCUGUAGCUGAUAUUGCUGUGGGACUGCUAAUUGGAGCCGCUCGUAAAUUCAAGGCUGGCAUUCGGGAAUUGGAAAGCGGACAAUGGAAAUAUGGUGUACAAUGGUCAACUGGGUUAGAUAUCGCAGGCAGUACGGUUGGCAUUAUUGGUUUAGGAGGCAUCGGUCAGGCAAUCGUGCGGCGGCUAAAAGGUUUCGACGUUGCCAGAUUCCUGUAUUCCGGCAGAUCCGACAAACCACAAGCAAAAGCGCUAGGAGCAGAACGUGUGCCAUUAGAACAUUUACUGAAAGAGAGCAAUUACGUCGUCUUGGCCUGCCCACUGACGAACGAGACUCAAAACUUGAUCAACGCUGACACACUCAAGCUAAUGAAGAAGAAUUCAGUUCUUGUGAACAUCGGUAGAGGAGGUCUCAUUGAUCAAAAUGCACUAUACGAUGCAUUGAAAGGGAAUCACAUCUUCGCAGCGGGAUUAGACGUAGUCACGCCGGAACCGCUUCCAAAAGACCAUCCACUAAUUUCCCUGCCAAACUGCUUUAUCCUACCUCAUUUGGGCAGCGCAACAAUAGAGACGAGAAACGCUAUGGCUAGUAUUGCUGCCAAUAAUAUUCUUUUGGCUCUAGAGGGAAAAUCUAUGCUGUUUCCUGCUUACUAAUUUAUUAGUAGUAACUGUCAUAUGUAUAAUUUUAUACUAUGUACAACAGUGAAACGCUUAUUCUUAUUACAUAAGUAUGAAAUGCUUUUUAAAUG